AUGGCUAGGGAGGCCGACAGCCAACCAAGUCUAUCCCAAGGAACAGACGACCAUUCAGCAAGCUUCCAGUUGUUUGAAGAGCUGAAUCAGAAAUGCAGCGACCUUCUGAAUGAAAUCGACGAGCUGCAAUCGUUGCUCAAUAGCGCCCUUCGGAGACCACAGCUCGUGGAACUGCGCCAGUUUCGAGCAGGCGUGAACUCGGAACUGCGAAUGCUCCAGAGGCUCGAAGGCCAGACAAAAGGCCACAAGGGCGGUUAUACUACUGAAGCUGAUCCUGAAGUGGCAAUGCGGCUCUUGCAUGCUUUGCACUCGUCAAAUCUGCCUUUCUACCAAGCUGUCUGGAACGCCGCCCGAGGAUCAUGUACGGGGCUUGUGGCCAUGGGCAAACGAUUUUACUGGGGAUCCGCCGAGCAAAGCCGCGACCAGCAAAAGAAAGAGAAGAAAGAGGAUACCUCAUCGGGAACGGGGAAGCCGUCGAACAAGGACAAGCGAAAGAGCAUUUUCGUUGAUAUUGUGGCAGAUGACGGGAAGGCGUGGGUGAAGGUCUCAACCAUCUCGGAAAGUCGGUUGAUUUUUGAGAUGGCCAAGAAAGGCUGGGAAGGGGACAGUGAGGAUGAAUUCUCGGAUGGAGAUUCUUCAGCACCCCCGAAGAGAACCAUAUUACGCAACUUCGAUGGCGAGGACUCGGGCGAGGACUCAGAUGACGAUGAGCUGGAGCUCAUUAAAUUAGCGAGGGAUCUGAGGAAAGCAGCAGAUGCUACGCGAGUGAGAUAUAAACAUCCUCAACUACGGAUUAUUUUACCAAAAAUCGAAGAAGGGAACGUCCCCGAGAUCGAUGGUAUUCUGAAGAAAAUGCGAGGUUAUGGUAUCAAGGUUGAGUGUAAGAAUAGCUUGCCUGCACUUGCAAGCCCGGCUCCAUUGAGCCGCCUUCUCCCUCAGCCAUUCAAGAACUUCACUUCCACCCUGAAUGUCGAUUGCACCCUUUUACUCGCCAUUGUUUCAGACCUAUCACAUUUCAAAGAAUUUGCUCCAACGGACAAAACCCACAGUGCCAUCUUGCGCCAAGUUGAGCUCGAGAAGGAGCAACCAUUGCUUCCUACCGAGAUUUGGCCUGCAAUGGGUGGUCGGGAGUUGGUCUGCACCAAAGAAGCCGCAGCACGGAUGCGCGAAAUCAUCGACACGCUCGGCACCGAGACUGAGAAACAACGAGUGGAGAUUAUCUUUGGAGAUCCCCCCAAUGAUCAGUUGGAGCGCAGACCGCUCAUUGAAAAAAUCCAAAACUUGUCUAACUGGCCAGUCCCAGUGGAAUGGAGGCUUCCUGUCAAGGUAGUCGAGGCUCGAGAAGUGAUCAAUGCCGCACGGGAAGAGGGCAAAUUUCCGCCGAUAGCAAGAGACGUCAUGCAAGGCCUGUCUGAAAUCAACCACAGCAUAUUCAUGUAUGGAUGGGCGACUGGCAUGACAACCAUCUCUAGUAACAGGAGCGUGGAUAGGCAAAUUGAGGCCACAAUUGAGAAUAGCCGGAAGGGAGUUGAUGAUGAUGUCGAGGGACCGCAAGUGUGGGUCUGUGAGACAGCUCGAAGUCUGAGGGGCAAGGAUAGAGACCGCAAAGAACCAAAUGGAGUUGGUCAGCAGACAGAUGUUUGA